CUGCUAUGAAAGCGAUUGAGUGCUGAGUCGCACACCUGAAAACUUCAGUCUUGGCCCUGGCGUGUUGUCAGUAGCACAACCUUGAUCUGCUGAGUUCGCCACCCGCACAGCUCAUAUUACCCUUCAGUGUUACCGCUGUGAUCCAUCAUCGAGGAUGGCACAACGCAUUUGCAUUGCGAUUGUGCUACUGCUUUGCUUCUCUGGAGUGUCUGCUCAGUUUACACCCGACUGUCAGGCUGCGGCCAUUUCGUUGGCGUCAUGUUACAGCUAUGCGUCGGGUCCAGCUACCACACCCCCCUCGGAUUGUUGCGCCCCCCUUCGUCAGGUGAACGCGAACAAUCCUGAUUGUGUGUGCCAGGCACUCGCCAAUGUGGGUACCAGCACAGCUGUGAAUGCUACGAAGGUUCGGGCGCUUCCCAGCGACUGUGGCAUCACAGUAGACUACGCAAGAUGCCCGGGAUCAGCAACGCCUCCUCCCUCCGCCGGUACGCCCCCCAUGACAUCUCCUCCCAUGGGUUCUACUCCUCCUUCGAUGACCCCUCCCAUGGGUUCAACUCCUCCGUCGAUAGCUCCCCCCAUGGGUUCCACUCCUCCUUCGAUGGCUCCUCCCACGGGAUCAACUCCUCCUUCGACCGCGCCUCCCAUGGGGUCAACUCCUCCUUCGACCGCUCCUCCCAUGGGGUCAACUCCUCCUUCGACCGCUCCUCCCAUGGGGUCAACUCCUCCUUCGAUGGCUCCCCCCAUGGGGUCAAUGCCUCCUUCAAUGGCUCCCCCCAUGGGGUCAAUGCCUCCUUCAAUGGCUCCCCCCAUGGGGUCAAUGCCUCCUUCAAUGGCUCCUCCAAUGGGGUCAAUGCCUCCUUCGCUGGCUCCUCCCAUGGGCUCAACUCCUCCUUCGGUAGCUCCUCCCAUGGGCUCAACUCCUCCUUCGCUGGCUCCUCCCAUGGGGUCGACCCCUCCUUCGAUGGCUCCUUCAAUGGCUCCCCCAAUGGGUUCCACUCCUCCAGCGAUGGCUCCUUCUUCCGGCGAGACUCCUCCUGCAAUGUCACCCCCCAGUCCUCCCUCCGGCGCUGUCUCACCUGCCCCCAUUAUGACCCCUCCCUCCGGCGGUACGCCACCUGCUCCCACAGUGGCUCCUUCCUCAGGCGAGAUGCCUCCUACUCCUUCUGGCUCCAUGCCAUCCCCUCCUCCAGAGAGUUCUCCAAUGGCUCCUUCCAGCGGUGCUACUCCUCCAGGGUCUUCUCCCACCUCUCCGUCUGAAGCCCCUGGCUCUGUCAAUCCCUCACCAGCCAAUUCACCUAUCGGAGCCACUAAUCCACCUGUAACCUCCCCUGAGGCUCCCGGACCUGUUGCACCCAGCAACAAUGCAGCAUCCAUGGGCGCUUCCUGGACUGUUGGAGUGGCGGCGGCAGUGGCUUUGCUUAGAUUUCUGUAAUUGCGACCGUUCGACAUCAGCUGAUUUUCGGAGGUGCAGUGUUAAGAGAUUUAGAGGCUAGUUUAUCACUCUCGACACACUGUAUCGUGUCAAAAAAUUUGCGGAAUUUUGUGCUCGAUGUCCAUCUUGUAGGAUGAUAAUUCGAUGUUUCCGCUGUGUAUCUCUGUAAUGAAAUAUUUUUUGUGUCGGAGUUGACAAACUUCCGGCCAAUUACUGCCA